AUGCAGUUGGGAAGUACACUCAUUGAGCUAGUUUCUGUUCCCUGUGACACAAGCAAUUUUGCCAUCAUCGGCAAGUACAAAGGGAAGUGGAAUAGAGCCAAAAAACUUCUGGAGCGAGAAAUUCAGACUUACCGGAACGCUGCUAACGCGGCACCUACGCCGGAAGCAACCUCCACGACAGGUGCUGCGACCGCGCAAACCUCACAGCAACCCUCUCCGCCUCGUCUGCCUACCGAC